ACCUCCCAUGGCGCGGCGCGGUCGAAACGUCGCCGGCCGCUUCUUGGAACACGCCUCGCCACUCGAGCUGCUCCCUCCGAACGGCGCCCCCAGAGCGCAUGCGCGGCGCGGCUCGGCGCGGCCCGACUCGGCGCGGCGCAGCGCGGCGUGGCCACUGCAGUCAAAUUCCCGCGAAACGCCGCCGCUUCCCGGAGGCUCGACCCGAACGCCGCCGAAGGCGGCCGAAGUCUCCCGAAGGCUCGUCGCGGCCCCCUGCAAACGCUGCGGCGGCGGCGACGCGCGCGCCGGCCGAACAGUUGGCCGCGAACCGCGCGACCGAUAACUACAGGUGAGGGAGAGCAGUCGCGUCCGGUGUUUCGAGUCCGCGCGGUGCCAUGCCGCGGCAUUGUUGAAGACCGGGGACUGAGUGCGAGCGACAAGAUGACGUCGCUUUUCGUGUUGGUGGUAGUGUUGGCGGCGGGCGUGGGGCCCGGUGCACUGGCAGGCGUGGACUACUGUGCCGUGCACACGUUCCGCAGCAAUUCGUCGUGGUUGCAGUUCACGAAAGAGAUGAGUUCGCGGGAGUACUACGUGACGGGCGCGUUCAAGAGCCUGCACUGCUGCGCCAAGGGGUACCGCAGCAUCGAGUGGUACAAGGACGGCCGGCCGUAUCCCUGGCCAGGCUCGUUCAUCCUGUAUCCGGAGUCCGCCAACCAAACGGUGUACUCGCCCGCCGCGCAGGCCGCAGACGCCGGGAACUACUCGUGCCUGGUGCGCAACGACACGGCCGAGACCUGGCACCACACCAGCCUCACGCUCGUCGGAGAGGCGACCGCAGAGCCCCCCGACGGUUCGCAGUACUCCGGACGAGCGCUGCCAACCUACGCGCCUCGCGACCAGGUGGUACGCCUGGGCGAUGACGCGCGCUUUUUCUGCGAAGCAUUCAUAGGUCGCGUGAACCUGCCGGACGCGCACAGCGCCAUCUGGUGGCGACGCGAGGGCGUGGUGGGCAGCGUCAACGGCACCACCACGACCACCACGACCACCACAACCACGACGGCCGCGGCCGCCGCCACCACGACGGAGGGCGGCGGCGCCGUCGCCCUGGGCGGCAGCUUCCACCGCGGCGUGCUCAAGAAGGACACCUCGCGGGAGGACGAGCAGAUCCUGGGCGUGUUCCUGGAGAUCCGGGGCGUGCGGCGCGAGGACCUCGGCCAGUACACGUGCUUCAUCCACAGCCUGGACAACCAGCGCCUGCUGCUGCCUGCCUGGCUGAAGCAAGCC